ACAGCAGCCCAGUCGUACUUUGUUGGCUCCGAAGUUGAGAAAGGCUGGUGUACAAAUCUAGUAACUGUCAUAUAUAUAUAUAUUUUUCCCCCUUCUAUGAAGCGUGCUUUGUAUGAUGUCUGAGAAUGUCCAUUUCUGGAGCUCUUAGCAAUUACUAUGUCGAUUCUAUCAUAAGUCACGAAAGCGAAGACACGACCUCAGCCAAGUUCUGCAGUGGACAAUAUGCGAGUUCCAGACCCCCAGGACUCGCUGAGCAUCUAGAGUUUCCUUCGUGUAGUUUUCAGCCGAAACCUCCGGUUUUUAGCGCAUCUUGGAAUCCUUUUAAUCCGCAUUCGUCGACCGGUUUGUCUGCCGUAUACCAUCCAUACCUCCCGUCUCAGAAUGUCCCGUCUCCGGACAGCAGGUACCUACGGACUUGGCUCGAUUCAGUCCCAAGGACAGACCCUCUAUCCGGGCAGGGGCAGGUCAAAGCAGAACCGUUGCUGGGGCACCUCGGAGAGACGCAGAAAAUCGGAGGACAGUACAGUUUGGAGUCUUCCGCUGGAAGGGAGGUCGAGUCCAAUCAAGGCCCCUGCUUCGAUGACAAAAAGGACAUUUGCGAAGGUAUCCAAGACAAAGACAAAGCAGAUCAAAGUGACCCUUCAACUAACUGGCUACACGCUCGCUCGUCCCGGAAGAAAAGGUGCCCUUAUUCCAAGUAUCAGACCCUGGAACUGGAGAAGGAGUUUUUAUUCAGCAUGUACCUCACCCGGGACCGCCGGCACGAGGUAGCCAGGCAGCUGAACUUGACAGAAAGACAGGUCAAAAUCUGGUUCCAGAACCGGAGGAUGAAAAUGAAGAAAAUUAACAAGGAGCGCCCGAAAGAGGAGCCCCCGCUGUCCGGAGAGGGACGGAACCGCCCGAUGGAUUGAUACAGAACCUGUCGCUCCCCCAUAAAAUAAAUACAUUUUAAAUACAAAAAUCACACAAAUAUGUCCUAGACUUGUUAGUAUAGUGGCAUUCCAUUGUUUCAAUUGUAUUUUAUUGUUAAAACGGCUCUCACGAAUACUGUUGGUCGGGUUCUAUUAACAUACACAGAGUGAAGCGCUCCCCCUGAUACACAGCACAGUUAGACUAGCUAGGAUAGUCUCAUCUCAAGAAAGAAGGAUUAGAUCACUUAAAUAUUAUGUUAAAGUCUGCAUUUACUAUUAGUUAUUCGUGUAGAAAAUGAAUCCGAUAAAAAAGGCCUUGCACGGUUAUAAACAUUGAAAAGCUGUAUUUUUUUUUAUUUUUUUUGCAAAAUGAUUAUCAUGUAAAGUCAAUUAACUCCCAAUCCUAUUAACGCAUAAUAAUAAUAAUAAUAAUAAUAAUAAUAAUAAUAAUAAUAAUAAUAAUAAUAAUAAUAAUAAUAAUAAUAAAACAUAUGUAUUAUUUUGAAAUACAUUUGGCACGUAGGAAACAAAUAGACUAAUAGCAUCGAAAAGAAAUUACAAACUACAAAUGUGAUCCCCUCAGAUUAAUAACUGGCCUCCAUAACUAUAUUUUGCAUUUGGUCAUCGAUCUCAAAGCAUCACAGAUCCGCCAGCAUUAUACAAGGAAAGCAAAAUAUGAUCGUGCUUUUUAUUUAGUAUUGGUACGCUGUUGUUUUCCCCCCUCUAGAAUUGUGAAUUAAUAAAAUCACACAGAACUUAAACAUGUUUACUUUCUCUAAUAUUUUGCACAGCAGAUUAUCCCCUUAGCGCAAUAAACACGACAUGAGGGCUGCUAGGGAAAAUAAGAUGCACGCACCAGCGCUAUACACCUAACGCAAUAACACACAUUCGUUCUUUUAGGAAUACCAAGCAUUACAUUUCUACGCGUUUAUUUAAUUUUAUUGUCAAGGGAAGGGGGUUCUACUUGAACAACAACGUAGGAUAGAGGGUUUCAACUUUACAUUACAUUUAAAACCUGUUUACAUUUUUUCAUAUAUAUAUAUAUAUAUAUAUAUAUAUAUGACUAGAUUAUAUGUUUAAAAUAUAUCAUAUUGACUUUCAUCUCUUCCAGAUUUCUUUCUGUGUCGUUGGAGGUUGAUGUGUUAGAAUAUAUGCCUCUAUAUUUUUUUUUUGUCACAAUGUUGUUAGAUUCCUAAGUGUUUUAUCAUUAGCACAAUGGGGGCGUCUUUAUCUAGACUUGCUUUCUUUACAGCGAUCACUCGAUUUCAUGAUCUGCCAAGUGGGGAAGCGUUCUCUCCGGUACCGGGUCCGCAUACCGAUCAUUUUAACGACACCGAGGGACUCGAAAAACACUCCCCGUGUAACUGAUAGUAUUAUCAACGCGACUAAGACCCAGGCCACGUUUCUUACGAUCAUUGUUUUUGUAUUUCUAUUUUCUUAUUUUUGUAUUUGUAUUUGCUCCUCUAUAGGCCAUAGUGAUUGUUUUGUGUACUGUCACCUGUAAUGUUGCGAUGCAAACUCUCGCAAUGCUGGAUUCACACAGUAAACUGUUUACAUGUA